AAGUGUCAAGUGUAAAAAAAAUCAAAAAAUUUUAUGUUAUGGAAAAUUGUAGAGCUUAUAAUAUUUUACUUUUAUAAUUUUGGUAAAUGUAAUAAAAUAAUGUGUAUUGUGAUGAGCAUAUUGUACGGUAUUAAGUAAGAAAGAUAUGCUUACACCCGACAAAAGAACAUUUGAACAAAGAUACAAUUCGUGUUUCGUCGACCUAGGAGUAAAAACUAUCGCCGGACUUAUAAUCGGCGGGAUGCUGGGCAGCUUCUUCCUGCGCAGCGCUCGCAAGUGGCCGCUGUUCCUCGGUGGCGGCACCGGCGUCGGCAUGGCCUACGCCAACUGCGAGAAGAGCCUCAACGAGUACCUCCUCUCGUUGGAGCCGGAUCCCUGCUUGAUCAAAAAGCAGGCGUGAUUCGGGCCACAAUAUCCUCCUACUACGAUGCAAUGUAUGUAGUUCUAAUGUUUUUUUUUAAGUGAAUAAAGUUUUUUUUCACUUAA